UCACAACGGAGAAGAAUGGUCCGAAAACCUUGUAAUAAAACCCAAGAUGACCAAACUACCCCUAUCUAUAUAUAACGGGACCUCCUCGUCCCUUUUUCGUUAUCCUCUUCCUCCGUGGCAUCGCCGCCCCGCCUGCCUGCUAGUGAGAUAAAGAAAAAGUGUUGUAGAUAGAGAGAGAUGCUACCAGAACAAUGGACUCAACCUUGUGGCAAUCAAUGCACACAAAAAUUCUCAGCUCUCACGCAGAUUCCUUGGAGAGUAUUUUGCAAGAAGGGCUGCGGCACUGAUGGGGAGACGUGGGAAGAUUGUGAGUUUUCAUCUGCUUUGUUGCCAUUUUUGCUUAAAGAUUGUUUUAAGUGCUUGGACGAGUGCAAUGAAAUAUGUUACAAGGACCCUGUACUCAAGGACCGGCAGUGGACUGCAUACAUUGACCGAUCUCCUGGAUCUGCCAGUUACUCUGAGGAAUGUUUCAAAGCCUGUAAAGCUGGUUGUGGUUACAAGUUUGAGAUUCACCCAGGGGAAGUUGAUAAGGCUCGUCCAAACAGGCCAUGCAAUCCUCCCCCUUCUGAGAAACCACCCCCUGUUCAGAAACGACCUCCACAAGCUGUCAAGCAUGGUGAACCUACUGAAGAUGUACCGUGCACUUCUGCGUAGCGACAAAAAAGAUGGGGGAAGAAAAGAGACCCUUUUAGUGCCAGUUAAUUUGUUAACUAAAUAGUCUGAUCGAGGAUUCUUAUUUCUAUUGGUUCUGAUUAAGGAUCUUUCCAGUUCCUGGGCCCCUUUUCUGUUUGCAGAAAAGCUUACAGUUUUGGUCCCUCUUCUGUCCCUUGUUCAGUGCCUGAAGGUUCACAGCACUUGACAUCUGGUUUUCCAGAUUUUUGAUAGGAUAGCUUGGAUAACUUAACUGUAGAGUUGAUAACCUUUCAAUUUUGCUGCUGACAAUACAUACAUAGAUUACUUUGGACGCUGCAUAGGUUAAAAAUGUAUUCUCUAAGAUUUUGAGAGAGAAAACGCACCAGGAUUCUGUUUAUUUCAUCAAACAGAUAUGAGAACCGUGGAGGAUCGUCUAAAGCUUUAGCAGA